GCAGAACCAGCGGAUCUGUUCUUCGUUAUGUUUUUCAGUGUCGGGUGGAGUCUACAUCCCGUCGCAUCCCUGCGGGCAAGGAGGAGGAUUUAUCCCCCCCACCAUUACUUUUUUAAUUGACUGUUUCUUACUGCCAGACAUCGAAAUACUCCAAAAAAGAUGACGACGACAACCACCUUUCAAGGAGUGGACCCUAGUGCUAAAAGUAGUUCCAGGGUACUACGACCGCCUGGAGGGGACUCUAGCUUCUCCUUUGGCACAGAUGACAACACAACGCCCCAGCGCAAGAACAAGAUGGCCUCCAGCAUCUUUGCAGAACCUGAUGACCCUCAUGCUCAUCGGAGGAACAAUCCACCUAGCGGGGCGCCUACAGGAACCCUGUGUGGCGAGCCCUCGGCCCCACUGAGGCGAGUACAGCAGCCUCUCCUCUUCCCCAAGAACCCUCAGCCGGAGCUGACCACCAUCCACAACUCUGGGGCCGCCUUGGUCUGGAACCAGAGACGAGAGGUUGAGAACGGCCAAGAACAAGGAAAUGAUGAGUGUCCUGAAGAUGUGGAGCAAGAUCAGCAAGAGGAUCAAGAUCAGCAGCAGAAGGAGAUGCCACAGCCCUCCGCCCCGUCGGGAGGUGCCAGCGCUGCUUCAGGCGGCCGAAGAAACCCCCCUGGUGGCAAGUCCAGCCUCAUCCUGGGUUGAGACCAGUCAGUUUGGGUUUUUUUUUUUUUUUGUUUGUUUGUUUUGUUUUUUUCAUUUGAGCGCUUGUUUUUGUUUUUUUGAAGACAAAUACCCCCAACCACCAUUCUCUUCCCCCUCAUCAACAUCUCUGUUCCCCCCCUCCUCCAACACCACCACCAUCUCCACCUCCUUCACAUGCACUCAUGCCGUCACGUCCAUGGACCCCCGUGUCCUCUCCCUCCACCUGCAAACCUUUUGUUUUGAUCCUUUUUUCUAUUAAAAAAGAAAACUGUUGACAAAAGCACUUUAUGUAUCUCCCCUCCCCUCCCCUUUCCAUUUCAGCCCAUCCUGUAGCGCAUUUCGCCUGCUGGGAAAGGCAUGACGUUUAGCUUGUCCCUCAUUCUCCCCCCUGGUGUAAAUGGUAAAAAAAAAUGAUUAAAAAAAAAGAUUUGAUGCGUGGAUUUCUAAAUACAAUAAAGAUUCAUAUUAAUUUGC